ACGCCAGUUCUCCUCAGCAGGUCGGUCGGAGAGGAUGGGAAGAUGCGACGGGGAGAAGGACGGCAAGCGCCGCCGCGGCCGCAGCAGCAAGAGAUCCUGCGACGUCUCCUCCUCGGACCCCGGCUCCGAUUCCUCCCCUUCCCCGUCCUCUGCCUCCUCCCCCAGUCGCAGCCCCGAGCGCCGGAACCGUAGCCGUAGCGGCAGCAAGCGCAAGAAGGCCUCCUCCUCGUCGUCGUCCCGGAGGCAUCGCCAUCGCCACAAGGGCAGCGGCCGCUCGCGCGACGACGACCGACGUCGCCACCGGCGGAGGCGGCGGGACGAAGGGCGCGGGAGGCGCGGCGGUGAUGCGUCCGACUCGUCCGGCUCGGGCUCGGAGGAGCAGGAUAGGGUGGAGGAGGCGCGGGAGAUCGUCCGCGACAUACUCGGUGAAUUCCCCGCCGUCGCCGGGGAGCUCCGUCAGCUUCUUCAAAUGAUAGAUAAUGGUGAAGGAAUUGAUAUUUCUGGAAUUUCUGACAAGCCAUUGGUGAAGUGUCUAAGGAAACUUUUCAGAUCACUUAAACUGAGAGAAAACUCAAAUGGGGCUUACUUGCUUCCACCGAAAAGUUUACCCACCCUUGAUGUUGUUGGAUCUGUAUUAGUAGCUAGUGGUGAACUGGCUGAUAGUCAAAAUAAAAGUCCAGUAUCACCAACUAAACAGGAACAACCAUCUUCUUUUGAUGUGCAAAAUAAAAACGAUAUCACUUCUGACGAGCCAGUGAAAAAUGAUGCUGAAGAACAAGCUCCUAAACGGAGGGUAAUUGGUCCUGCUAUGCCAUCACGCGAAUUACUAGCUGCAGCAGCUGAAAUGACAGAGGCUCUUAGAUCCCGGGAUGCUGAAGUUGAAGCUGAUGAUGGUUUUCUCAUAGGGCCCCCACCACCUGCCAUGGUAGCUGAAGCUGCAUCUGCAAAUGAAGCAGAGCGAUUUGAAGAGGUAACUCGAAUAUUGGCGGCUGAUGAGAAUUUGCCAUAUGAUGUUGUGGGCGUCAAUUGGAAGAUGUCAUCUGAUAACAUCAAGAAAAGGUACUGGAAGUUAUCUCUUUUAGUGCAUCCUGACAAAUGUCCUCAUCCUUCAGCUCAGGAAGCAUUUGUGAAAUUGAAUAAUGCUUUCAAAGACUUACAGGACCCUGAGAAGAGAGGUGUGAUAGAUGAGAAGAUAAAAAAGAAAGAGGAGAUGGAACAAUUUGAGAUUGAGCUUAAAGCAAUGCGUGAGGCUGCAGAAUGGAGGCGGUUACAAGGUGUAUCUCUCGAGGGUGAUGAGGAACUUCUGGCAGUUCCAAAACAGCCACAGCCACUUAAAAGAGAUGAAUGGAUGACCACGUUGCCUCCUGAAAGAAAACCAGGAGUACCAAUGCAUUCAACUACAUCAUUCAGUAUGAAUGGUAAAGAAGGACGCGGUGAUACAAGUGUAUGGACAGAUACUCCUCUUGAGAGAGCUCAAAAGGCACAACAGAACUACUUAGAAGCCUACAACAAAGCAAAGGCAAUUGCAGACGCAGAUGAAGGAAAGAGCAAAAGCUCAGAUGCUUCAUUGGUGGAUAGAUACAAUUCCUCCAAACGGUCAGUAUCUCUCGUGGAAAAGCAUCGGGAGAGCAAAAAGGAGAAAAAGAAGCAGAAACAGCGAGAUAAAGAAGAAUGGGAAGGAAACCACCCAUGGAAGCCUUGGGACCGUGAGAAGGACCUGUCUGCUGGACGCCAAAACGCCAAUUUAGAUCCUGAGAACAUGUCACAAGGAUUGUCGUCCCGUUUUUCAUCCGGAGCUGUUCAGAGGAACUUCCUCUGAGCCACUUUGACCCAAUCGGCAAAAUCACACUAGUACCCUGGUAUGUCAUGUUAUGCUAUUCAGUCGAGAUGAGCCAUGUUGUAAGUGCCGGUGAGUAUGCUGUAUGCUGUGGGUAGGGUUUGCAUGCUCCAUUCCCCAUAAAUGAGUUAUUCUAUUAUACGGAGAGGGCGCUAGCUACCUAGAUCUACUGAAAACGAAUGUGUUGCCAGUUGUUUUGAACUGUAAAUCCACUCAUCCGGACAGUUAAUACAAAAUUACGGUUGAUCACGAGAUA